AUGAAUGGAAAGAAAAUGAUUCAUCUCCGUUUUUCGACUGGCGCUUGGUUCAGCGCAUCGCAUGGAUUUGCUGGUAUGGAAAACCGAUCACUGUACAGUCAGUCGUUCUACGGCACCAAACGACUGAUUGAAGAGUUCUACGAAGAGGUAGAUCGCGCCUUAUCUGAUUUUGAGGCGUCGACAGAAAUCAGUCUCGAUGUGAAACAUGCAUUUUACGCAUCCGCUUCCAAAAACCUAGGACGCAGCGCACUUUGCCUUAGUGGUGGAGCAAGCUUCGCAUAUUAUCAUUUUGGCGUAGUGCGAACGCUUCUUGAUGCUAAUUUACUGCCUGAUAUCAUUAGUGGGACAUCAGCAGGGGGUCUCGUGGCUGCUUUGGUUUGUACGCGUACGAACGACGAGCUGAAGGAGAUUUUGGUUCCAGAGCUUGCGCGUCAUAUCACUGGUUGUGACGAUCCCAUGCAUGUGUGGAUGUACCGCAUGUUUAUCACGGGUGCGCGCUUUGAUGCAAUUAAGUGGGCACUUCUUGCUUCAGCAGCUGUUCCAGGUAUCUUGAACCCCGUGUUUUUAAUGCAGAAAAUGCCUGAUGAUUCCGUGCAGCCAUGGAGUUGGGGUAAUAAGUUCCGCGACGGCAGUUUGCGCGUCGACAUCCCUCUUGACACACUACACGCUAUGUUUAACGUCACAUAUCCAAUUGUGUCGCAAGUCAAUCCUCAUGUACAUCUGUUCCACUUCGGCAAUAGAGGUGCCCCUGGUCGGCCAACCGCCUACAGGAAUGACCUGGAUUUGAUGCCGAAGAUAUUGGGACAAGACUGGUCUAAUGUCUUUCUCCAGUCCUUUGAGGGAUCGGUAACAAUUUAUCCAAAAUCCCGCUUCCUCGACUGGCCGCACAUCCUCACAGAUCCAACACCAAGUGAGUUGGCUCGGAUGAUGCGAGCAGGUCAAUAUGUAACAUUCCCAAAGUUGCAUAUGCUCAGUAACCGCACACGGAUCGAGAGGGCGAUUGGACGUGGUCGUGCCAAAUAUCGACAGGAGACUAGCGAAACAGAGAACGAUGACAGUGAUUCUGAGCUGCAUGUUGCAUCCUCACAUGCAAAAAGCAUGCUUUUGGGUGGCAGUGGCCGGCAUCCCUCAAGACUAUUAAGAUCGGCUCUCCAGCGAGAAGCGCAGAAUGAACUAAGUCGCCGAGAUCUGACCGGUAUGGACGACCUGAACCGGGAGGACUUGUAUCAUCUGCUGGAAGAAUAUGAGGAGAGCCAAGAUUUAGGAAUCGACGAAGAAGACGAAGCGGCGCACUGGCACGCCCAACGCCCCGUGGUAUUCGAUUCUGACGAAGAUUUACCAUAG